GGUGUAGUAGUGACAUCGCUUCCCAACUCAUAUCCCUGAAGUCUAGAGAUCAAACCUCAUGAAACUCAUUUGAAGAUUUUCGCUAAUCCCCUUGAAGUAACUGCGCUUUAUCCCUGAAGUCUUCCUCAUGAACAAUUUCAUAUAUAUUAUUACGCAAUUGACUUUUUGUUUAUUUUCGUACCCAUCCAAUUGGUCCAAAGUCCUCACCUCCUCACCAUAGAACAAGCAACCGGCAUAGAUAAAGGUGGCCUUGAGAUUCAAAUCAUAACUCAUAAGUGAGAGUAGUAUUAUCAUCUCUAAUUAUAAACUAAGACACAAUAAUCAUGAAAUCUGCAACAAUAAUGAGAUCUUUAAAAAUCAAGAAACCGGAGCAACAAAUGGCUGAAGACCUCAAGGAUGCAGCAGUGAGUGAAGACGUAGAGUUCUUAAAACAAUGUGUUGGUUCCAACAAACCCAUCCAAUAUUACUUGACCCUGUUUCCUAUGAUUCAACCUGGUGGUGAUCGUCAUUUUGGCAACAUCUUUCACUUCGAAAACAGAGAAGAUUUCGUAAAAGGAGCUAUAUGUAGUUUACCACUUAAGGUCUCACAACAACUUCUUCUUCAACAACGUGAUGAAGACAUGUUUAAUCCUCUUCAUAAAGCAGCAGCUAUUGGUAGCCCGGAGAAGAUUAAGAUGUUCUUAGAACUCUUCAAGUCUGUAUCAUCGUCGUUGUCAUCGUCGUCGUCUGGUCAUCUGAAACCUUGGUUACAGAAGACUAAUAAGGGACAUACACCAUGCCAUGUGGCUCUUAUAAAUGGUCAAGAGGACUGUGCAUUGGAAAUAUUGGCAAUGGAUAUGGAGUUGCUUUGCAACAUAGAUAAUAAUAUAGAUGAAGACAAUGAUUGGGAGUGUGGUAGUCUGCUUUACGUUGCUGUAAAAGGUGGGCAUAACAAUUUUGCUUUGAAGAUUUUGAGAUCUCCUCAUUCUUUUAGUUGUAGUGGCUCCAAUGGCUUCAAUCCUUUACAUCAUGUGCCAAGAUGCUCAGAAGGAGAAGAUAUUUGUAGACUGCUGCUUGAAAGAGAGCCAAACCUAAUCAAACAAAUACCUAGAGAUGGAUUUUCGGUAUUCCAUUCUUGGGCAAAGGAAGGUAAACUAUGGCCAUUUGAACGUGUUUUAAAGAGCAACGAUAUUAUCCCAAAUGUAAGGAAGAUUUUUGUAGACUUGAUCUGUGCAACGAGUUCGUUAGAGGGUUUUAACCCUUUACAUCUUCUAGCUAAAACUACUGCUAGUACUGGUUUAGAUGCAGUCCAAAUAGCAAAACUCUUCUUUGAUGCUUACAAACACGAAGCAGUAGCUCAAGUGUUGAGCAUCUCAAACGAUCUAUGUCCAUGGUUAGCGCAAGAUAAGCAAGGAGAGACACCUUUGUCCGAGGCAAUAAAGAGUGGAAAAGAAAAUUUGGCAAUGUAUAUUUUGUUACAAGAUAACAAUGCACUUAUAAAGUGUCCCGAAAAUGCUCUGUUCUUAGCUAUCAAGAAGGGGUGUCAUGAAGUGGUGGACUUGAUUAUGGAGAUAGUGGAUAAGCAACAAUGGACUCAACUUCUUACAAAUCAGAAGCUCAAUGCCUUGCAUCUUGCACCAUCAUGCAAAAAAAAUUUCUUAAAAUGGGUGCUUAAGAAGCAUCCAGAGUUACUGCUGGAAGCAGUUCAGGAAGAGGGAACAAAGGUGUUACACAGUUGGGUUAGAAUAGGUAAUAUAUGGCCAUUGGAAUACAUUCUAGAGAGCAAAUGGAGAAGCAAUUUCAUCAAAUUCAUAUCAUAUCCUGAUUACAAAGACUGUAACAACCCUCUUCAUGUUGCUGUAAGUACCACACAUGAAACAGCAGACCAAGUUAUUAAACUUCUUAUAGAAGCUUACAAAGAAGAAAUUACGAAUUGGCGAUCCUCUCCAGAACCGUCAUUACCAUGGUUCAAUAAGAAUAAAGCAAAAGAAGGAGUUCUGAACUUAGCCAUAAAAAAUCAACGUGAAGAACUUGCAUUAUAUAUAUUGUCACUGUACAAUUCUCAUUGGAACUCACUACUUGAUAUUUACGAGCCAGAGCACAAAAUUCUGUUUCUUGCUGUAGAGAAGGAAUGUUAUCAAGUAGCCAAAUUGAUAUUGGCCAAAUUAGAUAAGGAAAGGUGGACCAAGUAUCUUAUGGAUUCCUCUGAUGGACGGAGUAUCUUGCAUCUUGCUCCAAAUUGCACAGAUAAAGAAUUUGCGACAUGGCUGGUUCAUGAAGCAUCAGAAUUCAUCAGCAAAAAAGACAAAAGUGGAAACACACCACUAGAUGAAGCCUCUGAUGCUGGUGCUGCAUGGAUUAUACAAGCAAUGCUAGAAAAGGAUCCUUCAGCGUUUAGUAAUGCACCGUUGGCUUGGGUUAAAGCGUGUAAGAAAGGUCACAUCUCGGCUAUUCGUGCCUUCAUUGAUAAUUGUCCAGGAAAAUUUGAAGAUCAUUGUAUUAAACAUAAGGAUUCACCUUUGCAUCAUAUACAAAAGAACCUCUCAAAUUUAAGGGAGUCUGAAGAAUUUCUUAAGAUUCCACGCAUGAAGGAUCUAAUCAAUGUUGAAGAUUCUCGAGGAGCAACACCUUUGCACCAAGCAAUACGAACUCAAAACAUAUUUUUGACAGAAGCACUACUCAAUAUGGAUAAGAUAAGAUAUAACAUCAAGGAUGAUGAAAAUGAAACUGCCAGAGGUUUGCUGGAACAAAUAUGCAACGAAAAGCAGGAAUGGGACCAAAUGUGCAAAAAUAUUGGAUUUGAUCCAAGGAUGAAAACAACAUACUUCGAACGCAAGACAAAUGUGUUGGAUGUGCGAAACACAUUAUCUGUGGUGGCGGCUUUACUAGCAACCAUUACAUUCACUGCUGGAUUCACUCUUCCUGGUGGAUUUGAUCAAAACUCAGGAGAAGCAAUUCUGACAAAGAAGGUAGCAUUUUUAGUGUUUCUGUUAUCUGAUACAUUGGCCAUGUGUUGUUCCAUGUUGGUGCUCAUUUGCCUCAUCUGGUCCAUGGUCUACGAUUCUAAUAAGUCGUUGUUCUUGAUUGAUCGAAGCAUGAUGUUGCUCAUGAUAGCGCUUUACUCUACCUUAGUCGCGUUUAUGGCUGGAGUUUACGUUGUCACAGCACCCAAGUGUUUGUGGCCGGCCAUUGUUAUUAUUGUUAUGUGCUCUCUUAUUGGAAUUUCAGCAAACAGGACUCUGUUGUAUAAAAUCCUUAAGUUAAUCCCUUCUGCAAAUAAGGAGUACGGAGAUCCAUUUCGUUUGAUGGAACUGGGAAAAAGUUGUCUAUGCAUGAAGGAAAAUAGUUGUCUAAAAUGCAACUGAGUAAAUUGACCAAUUGAUGCAAGUCUGGUCUGGAAUCUUGAGGCAUCCUGGUGAAGGUAGUGCAAGAUGAAUUUUGAUGCAAGGGAAAAACUCCGAAAUUGUGUGUAGGUUCGUGAGAAGGAUAGGUUGAGUUUAAGGGAAAGUUUGAUAAGAUUUAAACAAGAAUGCAAGAAGGAUAUGGAUCAACAAGCGAUUAUGUGUAUGCUCUUAAUUCUUAUGGACAAAAAUGAAAUUUGCCUAAGUUGGGCUUUUUCCAUGGAACGUAACUAGUCGGUAGUUGUUGAAAGAAGUGCAUGGGUCAUGGGAAGCUUGUUUUACUCUGGGCUUUUUUAUGGAUAGAUGACAAAGUAACGCAUGUCGUGUGCGUAGUUGUUGUAUAGUACUUCAUGGGAAGCUUUAUUUUGCUCUAGGUAUACUUGGAUUAUGAUGAAUGAACUCUUGGUAGAAGACCGCGAUGAAUGAGGGGGGUCUAACCGUCUGAAGAAAGUUGUGGGUACCAUCGGUUUAUAUGAUAUUGUGUUAUUUUGCAAGAAUUCAUACAUUACUCCCUUCGUCUUACAUGACUACCUACACUUAUUAGAGCAUGUAGUUUGAGAUGAUAAGUUGUUUUAUUGUCGAUUGUUAUUUAAAUGAAAGGGUUGGGUAGAUGUGAGAAGAGAGGUUGGGUCAUACCUUAUUAGGGAUGACAAUGAAUCAUGAACCCGGCCCAGAUCUUAAAAUUCAGGGAUGUUGGAUCCGAGUCGGAUCGAAUCCAGAUUAGCCUAAGUUGAUUUUCACGUUGAAGCUGCAAAAACAACUCCUCCACCUUUUGCAUCAUCGACACUCCCUAACCUCAAAACCCUAAUUCCCUUUCUCUCUCCAGCCAGGGGCGGAUCUAUUAAGUAACAAGGGGUAGCACAUGCUACCCCUAAAAAAAAUUUAAAAAAAAAAUAGGCUGGAAGAAAAAAAAGAAACGGAUAUAUACAUAAUCGCUAGUAACAUAUCACUGAUCUAUUCACUUGGCGCAGUGGUAACAUCACUAUUUUGAGACACGGAGGUCUCAGGUUCGAAUACCCACAAUACUUGUGGGUAACAUUUUGUUGUUUAACAACCUACUUUAGUUCAUUCUCUUUUAUUUCUUUUUCUUUUAUUUCUUUUU